CGCCGAACAGCCUUGCCUCUUCUCUUUUCCCCGUCUUCCCCUUUGGCCUCCUCCACCCGCUCGCCCUGCGCCGCCGCCCCGGCAUAGCCACCUCUUCCUCGCCCCGCGACGCUGCCACGCCUCUCAGGCGUUGCCUCCAUGGACCACCGCCGGCAGAAAGUAUCAGGGACCCCCUCGGCUCAGCUCGCCGCCACCGGUAGCUCCUCCGGCCAGUCGCGGGAGAAGAUAUCUGGGACAACACCAGCGUCCUCGGUUCAGUUCGCCGUCGCUGGUAGCUCCGCCGGCCAGCCACAAUCUGCUCGAUGGCCUAUGUAUAACCAUCCACCAGAUGAUCCUGAUGAUACAGAUCAACAACAUGAUAGUGAUGCCAGAAACACUACAUAUCCAGCAGAGUUAUACACACUUGAUGAAUUCCUAGCCGAGGAGGACCUGCUAGACUCCUUCGCCGAGGAGAUUGCUGUGGAGUUGAAGGGAACACUUGAGGCUCUUCAAGCAAGAGCACUUAGCAGGAGUGGUCCAAGGAUAUACGUGAAUAGACCGCGUGAAGAAGCACAUCAACAGCUUGUACGAGAUUACUUCUGCGACAAUCCUCUCUACGGCGCCAAAAAAUUUCGGAGAAGAUUCAGGAUGAGACGACCUCUCUUUCUUCGCAUCGUCAAUGCACUAGGUGAGUGGUCUCCAUACUUCACCACAAGGACAGAUGCGCUUAACCGUGAAGGGCUCUCUCCACUGCAAAAGUGCACGGCGGCAAUACGCCAAUUGGCUUAUGGCACACCUGCAGAUAGUCUUGAUGAAUAUCUCAAGAUUGGCGAGACUACCGCGGUUGAUUGCUUGAAGAACUUUGUGCAAGGAGUGAUUGAUACCUAUGCUGCAGAGUAUUUACGAAGCCCCAACACUGAAGAUACAGAGCGCUUGCUCUGCAUUGGCGAAGGUCGUGGGUUUCCUGGCAUGUUAGGAAACCUGGAUUGUAUGCAUUGGCGGUGGGAAAAAUGUCCUAUUGCAUGGAAGGGCCAAUUUACUCGUGGUGAUAAAGGGUGGCCUAGUCUUAUUCUGGAGGCAGUUGCUUCGCGAGAUCUCCGGAUAUGGCAUGCCUACUUUGGUAUUGCUGGGUCAAACAAUGACAUCAAUGUGCUGAAUCAAUCACCAUUGUUUAUCAAGCAGCUGAAAGGCCAAGCUCCUCGAGUGAACUUUUUUGUAAAUGACAAGGAAUAUCAACAUGGUUAUUACCUUGUAGAUGGGAUAUACCCAGAAUGGGCAGCUUUUGUGAAGACAAUAUCGAUGCCACAGACAGAGAAGCACAAGUUGUUUGCUGCACAUCAGGAAGGGGCAAGGAAGGAUGUGGAACGUGCUUUUGGUGUCUUGCAGGGUCGAUUCUCUAUCUUGCGUCGUCCUGCACGUUUGUAUGACCGGGGUGAUAUCGAGAAGGUCAUGAUAGCUUGCAUCAUUCUUCACAAUAUGGUAGUCGAGGAUGAAGAAGAAGCGGCGGCUAAUAUUCUUGAUUUGAACAAGGAGGCGGGUACAUCCAUUGUUCUACCAUCAGUAUUCACACACGGCGACAAACCGGUAUUCGCCCAGGUGCUACAAAGGGAUGCAAGAAUCCGAGAUCGCGGGACUCAUAGAGCACUCAAAACUGAUUUGGUAGAGCAUAUUUGGAAAAAGUUUGGGCCAAAAUAGAUUAUUAUCAUCAUUUAUUCUAAGCACUUUUAAUUGUAGGUGUAAUUUCAUGUAUUUUCAUAAUAUCUUAUUGGCACUUUAUGUAUGGACUCAAGUCAUCUAUAUUUUCAUGUGUUUUCCUCAA